CCUAGAAGCUUUUCACUGGGUUAGAAACAUUUGUUUGCCUGCAUCUUUGUGUAGAAUGCUUUUAUGAUCAAAUGGGUUGAUUGGUGUGAGAUAUAUUGUAUGAAAUGGCUAAAAAGGUUUGUUGUUUUGAGCUGGGAUUCAGAGGUGUGGGCAUUUUGUUGGGAAUGAUUUUCAUGGGAGUGAGUUAUGGGGUUGUUGAGGGUAACUUAGUCGCUGGACAGAAGUCUCUGGAAGUUGGAAGGAAUGUAGAUACUCUCAAUAGGCAUGCAGUGAAAACCAUUCAGAGUGAAGAUGGGGAUAUCAUUGACUGCAUUGACAUUUACAAGCAGCCAGCUUUUGAUCAUCCUGCUCUAAAGAACCACACCAUCCAGAUGACACCUAGUUAUGAUCCAACAACAGAGACAAGGGCAGAAACCAUAGCAGCAAAGCUUGGAGGCAGGAAAAGAGAGUCUUCCAGGACUGUUACAUCACAGCUAUGGCAGAAAAGUGGAAGCUGCCCUAAGGGAACAAUCCCAGUCCUAAGGAUCCAAAAGAAAGACCUACUAAAAUCAAAUUCAGUUGGAGAAUAUGGAAGAAAGAAACAACCAGGAUUUACCAAUGAGCUUACACUGGGUAAUGACAGUGAAAAUUCAUAUCUUCAACAAGCAAAUCACUCGGCAGUAUUGCUUACAGAAGGCUUCAAUUAUUUAGGCGGUAAAGGAGAUAUCCAAGUUUUCAACCCUUAUGUUGAGUCUGAUGAUGAGUACAGUACUUCUCAAGUUUGCCUAAAGCAUGGGCCUUAUUAUGCUUAUGAGAGUGUUGAAUCCGGAUGGGCGGUAAAUCCAAGUGUUUACGGGGACAGAAAGACUCGAUUGUUUGUGUAUUGGACUGCUGAUGCUUCAAAGACAACAGGUUGUUUCGAUCUCACCUGCCCGGGUUUUAUUCAAACCAGUAGUGAGAUUGCUCUCGGUGCAGCAAUCUAUCCAAUCUCAGUCCCCAGAGGGCUCCCUUAUCAAAUAACAAUUUAUAUCUAUAAGGAUCCAUACACAAAUAACUGGUGGGUGCAAUAUGGAGGGAAAAUCAACAUAGGGUAUUGGCCUCACAAGCUGUUCAAGAUGCUAAGUUAUGGGGCAGAAGCUGUUGAAUGGGGAGGUGAAGUGUACAGCUCAAAGAUAGGGAAUUCUCCUCCUCCCCACACUGCAACAGCCAUGGGAAGUGGAAAAUUUCCUGGCCCGAUCUUUGGCUCAGGGUGCGUAAGAAGAAUGCGGGUUUGAGAAAAUAUUGCUCCCUUGAAAUUCCCUGAGCGGGUUUUUACUUAUGCUGACGAGUAUGAGUGUUAUGAUGUUUAUUAUGUUGGAGAUUAUAUUGACGAUCCUGAAUUCUAUUAUGGAGGGCCUGGUAAGAACCCCAUGUGCCCAUGAAGGGAUACUUGCAGAUGAUCAAUGGAGUUGUUUACUGUAACAUUUUUCUUGCUUUUAUUAUAUAACAACUUUUUUCCUUAUGAAAUAUAGUCAAAGAUUUUAAAAGGAAACCCCAAAAAAAGUGCUGGUUUAGUAUACAUUGCAGACGCAGUUGGAAAGACAAUAUAUGGCAUAGGCAUCAGAGGAUAAU